GACGUUCAUUUUUUCUCGGUGGAAAAAAACAAAACUUGGAGUGCUUUUUCCUCAGCCAAGGAAGAAGAAGGAAUUAGGCCAAAAAAAAAAAAGGCCGCUGAGAAAGUACCCCACACUCUUUGUGCCAUCCCGUUGUUUCUGCUUUCUCUGACUUCUCUAUCUCUUUCGACGUCGGAACCCUAAUUCGAUCGGCUGGGCCUCGAAGCAAACGGCAAGUGUUCGGUGAGGUUUAAUUCACUCUGUUCGGGUCUGUUUACUGGGCUUUGUGCUUUGUUGAGGGGAGAGAGGGUUGUAAUUACUGACAAGGAAUUGUUUUUUAAGUAGUCGAUGACUGAACAAUUGGGGAAUAGCUGAGAUCAAACGGGCUGGAUUUCCUCGACGGAUGGAGGGAGGUAGCGUCUUUAGACUUACUUGUUCUGGGAUACACCCAUGGAUUAUGAUGACAAUGAUUUUCAAAGCCAGAAUCUUCAUUUAGCUGGUGAAGGGAGUGCCAAAUUUCCUCCAGUGUUAAGGCCAUAUGCACUACCUAAAUUUGAUUUUGAUGAGAGCCUUCCAGGACAAUUAAGAUUUGAUAAUUUGGUUGAAACUGAAGUUUUUCUUGGCAUCGAAAACAACGAAGAUAACCAGUGGAUUGACGCAUUCCCUCGAGGGAGUAGUGGCAUAGAGUUUAGUUCAACUGCAGCUGAAUCUUGUUCUAUAUCAAGGCAUAACAAUGUCUGGUCUGAGGCCGCCUCCUCAGAGUCUGUUGAAAUGCUAUUAAAAUCUGUUGGGCAGGAGGAAUUCAUUCCAAGACAAUCUGUUAUUCAGGAAUCAGAUGCCUGUAAUGAACUGGCUUGCUUAGCUAAGCAAAUGGAAUCUAAUCCGAAAGCUGAUGAUAAAAAUGAAUCCCGAGGAGAUGUUGCAAGUUUACAGCCAUAUCAUAACAUUCAUGAAGACGGGUCUGGAUUGAAGAAUAAUGAAACAAGAGAGCAACCUAAGGUUGGGGUUUCCCAAGCCCAUGAAAAUGAAUUAUCUUUUGAUGAGAGUUCAGGCAAUAUGGAACUAAGUGAUAUUUGCAAAAAUGUUAAUCUUCCUCAGUCUGAUGGGAUUCAUUUUACUGAUACAAAAAGUAACAAUGAAAACCAACAAGAAGCUGGAACUAUGGGUGAUGACUCGUUGAAUGACAAAACUUUAGACAAUUCAUCUGCUUCUGGGGAACCACAAACUAAUAUUACUGCAGCACCCAUGCAAAAUAUGUGUGCUACUUCUGAUUCGCUAGACAUUCAAAAUGUGCAAAAUCAGGUGGCUGGUAUUAGUGGUGAGCAGCAAGGUUGUUUGACAGCUCAAACUGAUAGGCAAGAUACAGAAUCUUACACAUUUAACAAAGAUACUAAUGUAGACAUACAGCCUUUGGAUGGAAAUGCAGUUGGGACUGAUGCACAUAAUGAUAAUUCUCUUUGUUUGGCAUCUAAAGAAGCUUUGAGUGGUGAAAGUAUGGUUAAGGGACUCAAUCCUUGCUUAACUAAGGUGGAUGACUCCUUAGGCAUGGUACCUAGCAAUGUUUCUGACUUGCAGAAGGCAGCAAGAUGUAGUGAAGAUAUACUUUAUGGAAAUCCAUGUGUGGACGGUGCAGGCGGAAAUGCAGUUAAAGAUGCAGUCAAAGAUGAUCAGUUUGCACUAGCAGCACACAGCUCUCCAAAGGUUGAAGUUAAAGGAAAUACUGGUUUUGUUGGGAUUAAUAAUUCCGAUCGUGGGAUUUCUUCUAAUCUCCAGCAGGCUGUGGAUUCUGCUGUGAAGAAGGCACGUGGUGAGAGCACUUUUGCCAAGGAAAAGGAGUCACUGAGUACUGGUCACGAACUGGAUAUGGAGGUUUCAGUAAGUAAGGUCGAGACACCUAUUUUAACUGUGGAGGGAAGCAACAUUUCUGAAAUUAAUGAACAUGAUGACAGCAAGGUGGAAGACAUUUCCCGUUUCAGCAUGGCGUUUUCGACAAAAUCUAGCAUUUUGGGUGAAUCAACUCAAGUAUGUGAGCACAGUGAAGUUGACAAACUGGAUGAAAAAAAAAAUCAUCAAGAUAUGUCUGUUGCAGGCCAGGAUUUUACAAGGGCUCCUUCUGACUCUAGCCAAAUGAAUUGUGAUGCUGAUAAUGUCCAUCUUGUUGAUAAAGGAGUUGGUUCAUCGACUAUUAGUUCAGGUAGCAUGGAAGGUGGGUUAUCAACUUCCUUUGUAUCAGCUGACGUCACAGCUCUUGAUAAUUCAGCUUCAAAAGAUUUAUUAGAUGUUUCUUUGGCAUCAUGUGGGACAGUGGAUGUUCAACCUGCUUCUUGCAAUGUUUCCUCCCAGAAAGUCUCAGAUCAAAAUGAUGUCCAGAGGAAAACUUCUCCUGUUGGGUCCAAUUCUGUUGAUGAAAAGGAAGACUCUGCUUCCAGAAUUGCUGAGGAAACCCGCAUAUAUACCUCUAUUCUGUCUUCUCAACAGGGAACCAUUCCUUGUCCUGUUACUGGAACUGAACAACAAUCUUGUGACAUUUCUAGGCAACUUUCAUGUGAGACAGUAGACAAUGGUACAAAGAUUGUAGAGACUUGCUGCACUGGAAAUAUUAGUGAGCCUCAAAAAACAAUUAAUCACAGUAAGGAGCGUGCAAAAGAAAUGGAUGCCUCUCCAUUUCUAAACGAACCGACAACAAAACAAGAAGUAAACCCUUCCUCGAAAAUAUCAGGAGACUUGUUACUUUCAAAUCAAGAUUCUGUGUCUUCCGCUCCCUUGUCUGACUCUCAUGUUGAGUUGCACGAGACUGUGGGCUGUCCUGCCAAUAAUACUUGCAGUCCAUCUAUUACGGUUGAAAGGUCUUCUCAAACUGAGAAGGAUGGAAAUCAGGAUCCCCCUGUUUCUGAGCUCAUCAACAAAGAUGCAACAAAUAUGCUAUUGAUUGAUGAUAAAAAGGGAAAUAACGCAUCUAAAGAUAAGGGAAGCUUGACUUCUGAGCUAAAUACAGAGGCAAAUUUGUCCAAAAGUGAUGCUGCAGAUUCGAGUACAAUUGGUGUUGGGAAUAGCCAACCAGUUCCUACCAGUACAGCCAGCAAAGCGUCUAAGUUUUUGGAGGUAUCUCCUUCAUCAGGGUUAGAUCCUUCAAAAACCAAAACUGCUGGAGAUAAUUCCCAUGGAAGUGCACAAAUUUCUGAUGGAGAGAGAGCACGUAGUGUUUCCAAAAGUACACCUCAGCGUAAAACUAGACGAGCACCUAACAAAACUGCUGGAAAGGCACCUUCUAGAAAAACAAGUCAUGUGAAAGAAACACCUCCAUCAAGACAACCUGAAAGAACAGAUAAAUCAAAUAACGUAAAGCUAAGCUCGCCCCCUGGCUUCCAGCUGAUGCAAUCCAAUGAGAUGCUGCAGUAUGGGCACGUAGAUUCUGGCAGUGCAAAGCCAUUUGCUCUGUUAAAUGCUUCAACAUCUAGUCUUCCAGAUUUGAACACCUCUGCUUCUGCUUCUGUGCUGUUUCAACAACCUUUCACAGAUCUACAGCAAAUACAAUUGCGUGCACAGAUCUUUGUUUAUGGAGCUUUAAUUCAAGGCACAGCACCUGAUGAGGCUUACAUGAUAUCAGCAUUUGGAGGGCCAGAUGGUGGAAGAGGCCUUUGGGAGAAUGCUUGGCGUGUGUGUGCAGAAAGGCAGCAUGGUCAAAAGUCUCUUCUCAUGAACCCCGAAACUCCUGUACAAUCACGAUCUGAAUCUGCAGGUCCUAGAGCCUCUGAAUUGGCUAAGCAAGGUUCACAUCAAAGUAAAGGCAUCUCUUCUCCUCUUGGUCGAUCCAGCAGCAAGGCUACCCCAACAGUUGUAAACCCCUUAAUACCUCUUUCAUCUCCCCUUUGGAAUUUACCGACUCCAUCUGAUUCACUGCAACCUGGUGCACUUGUAAGGGGAUCUGUCUUGGAUUAUCCACGGGUACCUUCUUCUUUGCAUCCUUAUCAAACUCCGCCUCUGAGGAACAUUCUUGGACAUAACACAUCUUGGAUAUCCCAGGCACCUGUUCGUGGACCAUGGAUUGCAUCUCCUGCUCCUGCUACUGAUACCAGUUCCCUCUUUUCUGCAUUACCUAUUUCAGAUUCAGUUAAAUUGAAUUCAGUCAAAGGAUCUACUUUGCCUCCUUCCAGUUGUAUAAAAAGUGUCCCUCCAGGUCUCCCAUCUUCCAAUGCAGCUCCACAAAGUAUCUUUGUUGGGACUGCCCCUCUGCAUGAUACCAGCAAUGUGACAGUGUCACCUGCUCAGCAUUCUUCAGAUCCAAAGCCUAAAAAAAGAAAGAAGGUUAUGGUAUCUGAGGAUCUUGGUCAGAAGGCUUUGCAAACACAAUCUCAACUAGAGCUGAAUCCUGUUGUUAGUUCUCAUGUCUCUACUGUUGUUCUAGCAACAAUUGCUGGGAGUGCACCCAAAACUACCUUUGAAAAAUCUACUGUGUCUAUGUCCUCUCUAUCUCAUGCUGAUCACCUCAAAAGUGAUCGUAGUAUUGAGAAGAGGUUUCUGUCAGAUGAGUCCCUUGUUAAAGUUAAGGAGGCUGGGGUUCAUGCAGAGGAAGCUGCUGCUCUUUCUGCAGCUGCUGUGAAUCACAGCCUAGAGAUAUGGACCCAGCUGGAUAAGCAGAAAAAUUCUGGAUUGGUAUCGGUUAUUGAGGCAGAACUAGCUUCUGCAGCGGUUACAGUUGCUGCAGCAGCUGCUGUUGCAAAGGCAGCAGCUGCAGCUGCCAAAGUUGCCUCAAAUGCUGCUUUGCAAGCAAAACUCAUGGCUGAAGAAGCAUUGGCCUCAUCUGGUCAUGAGGGCACCUACCAAAGUAGUGAAAUUUCUCAUUCUGAGGGUAUUAAAAACCUGGGAAAAGCUACCCCUGCAUCUAUUUUGAAGGGUCCUAAUGGAACCAGUAGCUCUAGCUCGAUCAUUAUUGCUGCAAAGGAGGCUGCUAGAAGGAGAGUGGAAGCUGCAUCAGCUGCUGCAAAACAAGCUGAAAAUAUGGAUGCCAUUGUGAAGGCUGCUGAGCUGGCAGCCGAAGCUGUAUCACAAGCGGGGAAGAUUGUAACUAUGGGUGAUCCUCUGCAUAUUAGUGACUUGGUAGAAGCUGGUCCACAAGGUUGCCGGGAAGCACCACAUGAUUCUUGUCAGCAAGUUGGAUCAUCAAAAGGCAAGAUUAGAGUUCCAGUAAACAUUGACAAUGUUGGAGACAGUGCCACAAUUUCUCACACACUUAAUAGAAACAUUUCAUCCGAUGGAAUGGGGAUGAACAUUGCUGCAAGUGAGAAGUCACCUCUUCAUAAGGUGUAUAAUGAGAGAUCAGAGGACCAAACAAGACCCAUGGAUGGAUCUCAGAUUGAAAUGCAUGAUACAUCUUUCCCUGUUGCAAAUGGAUCUGAAAAGCUGGAGAACAACAUCAAGGAGGGCUCACUUGUAGAGGUUUUCAAAGAUGGAAGGGAGGGAUGUCAAGCUGCAUGGUUCACAGCCAAUGUUUUAAGCUUGAAGGAUGGAAAAGCUUAUGUUUGCUACUCUGUGCUUGUAGCUGAUGGAGGGGCAGGGCCAUUGAAGGAAUGGAUUCCACUAGAAAGCGAAGGAGACAAGCCACCUAGAAUACGUAUUGCCCGUCCUGUAGCUGGUUUAGUUCAUGAAGGAAUGAGGAAGAGACGUAGAUCAGCCACAAGAGAUUAUGAUUGGUCUGUUGGGGAUAGAGUUGACGUAUGGAUACAAGAAAGUUGGCAGGAAGGAAUUGUAAAGGAGAAGAACAAGAAAGAUGAAAUAACUGUCAACUUUCCUGCUCGUGGAGAAACAGCUGUUAGAGCUUGGCAAGUUAGAUCAUCCCUUUUUUGGAAGGAUGGGAAAUGGAUUGAAUAUUCUAGCUCAGGAGCGAAUGUCAAGUCCACUCAUGAGGGUGAUACACCACGUGAAAAACGACCUAAGUUGGGUAGUCCUACGAAAGAGGUGAAGGGGAAGGAUAAGAUGUUAAAGAGCAUUGAGGGUGGGGAGCCAGUAAAUCCUAAUGAAUUGAGAUUGCUUGAUUUGGCAGAAAAAGAGAGAGUGUUUAACAUUGGUAAGAACAGCAGGAAUGAAACUAAAACUGAUACACAGAGAAUUGCAAGAACUGGUCUUCAGAAAGAAGGAUCAAGAGUGAUUUUUGGUGUUCCUAAACCUGGGAAGAAAAGGAAAUUUAUGGAAGUUAGCAAACAUUAUGUUGCGGAUAGGAGUGACAAGGUUAAUGAUGGAAAUGAUUCAGUUAAACUUGCAAAUUUCUUGAUGCCUCAGGGUCCAGCUUUUCGAGGAUGGAAAAAUAGUACCAAGAAUGAUACAAAGGAGAAACGAGGAGCCAAUUCAAAGUCUAAAAUUGUCAAGUCUGGAAAGCCUAGUGUUCAGGUUAAACCAAACCUGCCGAAAGACAGUCCUGCAGCGAAUGCCUUUUCUCCUUCCAAUGAUCUGACAGAUCAUGCAGAAAAGAUCAAGGACUCUGCAAGCCAUGAUAAUGAUGCAUCUGAGAGGGGAAACCGUGUGGAGAUGGCAUCCUACUCUGCAACUGAUGGAACAGCUGAGGGACAGGGACCAAUCUUGUAUCCUCCGUUGGCAACCUCAUCUGAUCCUCCUUCCUCUCACAGGACAACUGCAUCAAGAGCAAGUAAAGGAAAACUUGCCCCUGCUGGUGGGAAGUUGGGUAAGAUAGAGGAGGAAAAACCAACAACCGAAAUCUCUGAGAUCCGUAGAUCCAAUCGUAGGAUCCAACCAACUUCAAGACUAUUGGAGGGGUUACAGAGUUCUUUAAUCAUCUCGAAGAUUCCUUCUGUUUCACAUGACAAGGGUCACAAAAGCCAGAAUCGUAAUGCUUCUAGGGGGAAUAAUCAAGGCUGAACAACAACGCUGUUGCAAACCUGCAAUGACGCAGCUCAGUUAGAAGACCAACAAUUAAUAUGAAGAAGACAGAUACACCCAAGCCCAGCAUAGAUGUGUAUAUUUAUAAUAGGGAACCUAGGAAUGCAAAUUCUUGCCAUUUCGGCUUUAGGCAGACUAGUGGGUAGUGGACUAGAUGUUCAUAUCGAUUUCUAGUUUUGUUUACAAUUUCAUUCGAUCUCCCCAGUUCCAAGUCCAAGGCACUUGUAGGCUGUAUAUGGACUUUCUCCGUGUAGUCCGGUUUGUAGAUGUUUGUUGAUGAUCAAAUUACAACGUGAUGCUCCCCCCCCCCCCUUUUUCUUUUUCUUGUUUUUUUCUCUCCCUUGCCUGGAUAUCAACUUGUUUCCUCCUUUUAAUUUUCCCUCACUUUAAUACCCUGCCUGCUUUGCUUGGGUUUUUCAGCACUGUUUGUUAAGCCCUGGAUCUGGUACAUCUCAUUUGAGUGAUACGCACAAGACAUCAUUACAGGAGGAGAGACACAGUAUACAAGAUUGUACUUUGUGGGGCUGACCCCUAAUUUCUUAGGUCGUCUUCGUUUUCCACGAGUUAAAGAAAGGGUCAAUUUCUCCUCUUACGGGAAAGUGUGCGCGCGAUCGGCCUUCUCAUGAAUUUGGUUUGCGGCUGACCGAUCGUCUCACUUGUAUAUUCAUCUUGUGAUUUGUGAGUAAUUUUGAACUAAAUUCUCACUUGUAUGCCCUUGACAGGAUGAAGGCAAUUUUAGGUGAAAAUGUUUCCCAGCGUAUCAAUAAUAGAAAUUGCUUCUAUGGUUUGUAA